UUUCAGAAGAUGAAAACAAGUAGGAAAUUCUGACAGGACUGUCUGAAAACCUAGAAUUAAAAUCUUCUGGGAGUUUCUGAGCGCUCAGCUGGAAGCAACAGGCUGGUGGUCCAAGGGCCCAGCAUCUCUACGACCAUGAUAGCACAACCCGUGGCCAAUGAGAACAUUGUCAUUCUCACACCCAAUGGCCUCAAGUUCCUCCAAACAGAGAAACCCGAGCCCACCAACCAGAGUAAAGACAAUGUGGAGAAACACCUAAAGGCAGAGGUCAAGAUUCUGGGGACCAUCCAGAUCCUGUGCGGCGUGAUGGUAUUGUUCUUGGGAAUCAUCUUGACAUCUGCUUCUCUGUCACCACAUUUUACCAAAGUGUUCUCCAUCCUGUUGAAGGCAGCCUACCCGUUCAUAGGAGCCCUGUGUUUCAUCAUCUCUGGAUCUUUAUCAAUUGUCGCAGAGAAAAAAUCAACAAAAACCUUGGUGCAGUGCUGCCUGGCUGCAAACAUUCUGAGCUUGCUGUCUGCUCUCGUGGGCUUGGCUCUCCUCUCUGUCAACCUGACUGAUUUGAGUCCCACCUUCAGGGGGUGUGAUUUGGAUGCAAACAGUAGCGAGCACGAAGAGCAUCCUUUUUAUUAUCACACUAACAUGUUUGACCACGCCGACUGCCCGAUGGGCCACGCUGUGCUGACCGGAGUCCUGUCGAUGAUUCUGAUUUGUACUCUGCUGGAGUUCUUCCUGGCUGUGCUUGCUGCUGUGAUUUGGUGGAAACAGCAUCCCUCUAAUUUCCCUGGGAGUGUCAUUUUCUUGCCUCACAGCUACUGUGCUCUAUCCAAUAUGUCUCAGAAAGCAGCAAAUGACAGUACAUAUGAAGAACUCAUGACUUAAGAACAAAAGGAAAAAUAUUCCUCAGAAAUUUGGUCUUAUAUGAAAAACGACCAGAGAAACCCAACCCGAGA